GCAAAGCAUACUGUCUUGUAGUCACUUGUAGUCGCCGUAGUCAUCAGACACAUCAGACAUUGCCAUUACAGACUCUAGACCUACAGAUUUUCGUGUUAAAGUGUCGGAAAUUCCACGUACAAUGUCGGAACACGACGAUACUUUAUUGGACGAAGACCUUGGGGAUGAGGAAUAUGAUCUUGGAAACGACGAGGAAGAGGCUCUUUUAGCAGAUGAUUAUGAAUUGGAAAGGCAGAAUAGCUAUAAGGGAGAAGAGGAAACAGAUGAUGUACUGGACUUAGGAGUUACCGACGCACUCGAUGACGACUUAGAUGGUGAAGAUGAAAAUAUAGAAUUGAAUAGAAGUAAUGACAAUGAUUUUUAUGAAGAUGGUAAUCAGCUAGACGUUCAGUCGAAAUAUUACGAGCAAGACGAAAUAAACAAAUACAAAAUCGAACAAACGCGUCAACAAGAUGAACGUUCGGCAAACGAUAACGUUAAUACUUCAACUAAUAUCGGCAAAGGAGAUUUGCGAGAGAAGUUACAGAAAAACGCAAAGAUGUACGCAGCAGCGACCGGACAAGGAAUGGAAGACGAUGAAUGCGAGGAGGCCAAGGAAAGGAGGAACAGAUUUCAAAACGAGAGAACUAUAGUAUCUCCGAAAAUGAAUACCAAUAUACCGGACAGUUUGGAAAACGUUGUAACAUCUGAACCAUCGAAGUUGAUGAUAUACAGAGGCCGCGGAAGAGGUCGAAGUGCAAGAGGAAACCGAGGAGGAAGAUUUAAUACGCAGAAUUCAGGGAACUUUAAUCCAAGGUUUAACAACGCGCGCAACAUGAAUUUCGAUGGUCAAACACCAGCAGCAUGCAGACCACCGUUACUCGAAGCUAGACCACCGUUUCUUCUCGGAGUACCGAACAACGUACAAAACCAGCAGAUUAUUUAUCAACAACCAAACUCUCAAGUACAAUCUUUCCAGCAUUAUUCUCUGAACGGUUCGCUUCAAGGUCCUACACACUUCGUAGAUAGUAGACCGCAAUUCAAUCCUAAUCAAUUUCAAGGUCAAGUAGUCCCUCGAAUUAUUGGCCCGAGAUUAGAUUACGGACCACGAGGUAAUUUGCCAGGAUCGCUGCAAGGACCACCUUACAGUCACAACAAUAAUCAUUCACCGAGUCAACCACCGUACGGACAAAUUCAACCGGGUCCUUUUCAAAGUUCGAAUGUGCUCAACGUGCAAGACGGUCAAACUCGUCUGAUGCAGAAUAAUCAAGGCACCUUGUUGCAAGGAAAUCCAGGAACGUCGUUGCUUGGAAACCUGAACCCAUUGGUCGCUUCGUCUGUCGCUUCGGCCCCUGUCGCAUUGUUACAAGGGAACCAAACGUUACCGCUGCAAGGAUUCCCGCGGCAAUCGUCCCAAGGACCACCCAUUAACCAUCCCAAUGUACAAGUAUCGAAUCAGCCGCCUUUCGAGAACAGGCCAACUUUUCAAGAAGCUCAAUUUGAAAAUCGACCGGUUUACGAUUCGAGGUCCGGUUAUACCGAUCAAGUACCUACCAGCCAAUUUAAUUCUAAUACUUUGCCGGUACCGCAACAGUCUGCUUCCAAUGUACCUAAUGUACCUUUACCUCCAGGCCACAAGAUUUUAAUCAAUCCUCACUUUCGAGGCGCCGUUCAAUCGACCAACGAUGCAGCAAGGCUGGCAUGGGACUCCGCUCAACAACAAACACCUUUGUUAUCGCAAAUUCCUAGCAGUCACUUUUCCCAAUCUUUGCCGUCUUAUCCGAAUCAAGCUGCGUACGGUCAGCCGCAGCAGCAAGGACCACCGCACUAUCAGCAGAAUUAUCAGCAAAAUAAGAGCGAUGACCCCUAUGCAUAUUUCUCGGACGUGUGGCAAGAAAACAAGCCACAGAAAAGUCAGAGUGGAACACUCGGUAAAUCAUAUUCCGCUGAAAGCAGUUACACGCGCGACAGCAAUUACGAUGCCACCUCCAAGUAUAAGUCCAGUCAAUGGGAUCCGAAAGACAGUUACCAAGAGGAUCAUAGAGGGACUCGUCAGAAUUAUCGCGACAGAGAGUUGCAAUCGAAGAAUAGAAGCGAUUAUAUUCCAAAGAGUCGACCGCCCUCUACGAACACGUACCGUGAGAGCUACGAUCAAAACCAUACGCAACAAAAAUCGCCUGGUAACAGACCCAUGAACGCUUCGGUAAAAUGUAGAUUACCGCAGAAGAGGAACUCCGAACCGGUGGACAGACCUUUACGCGACCUAAGUCCAAAACGAAUGAAAUCUAAUAAUAGAAAUCUUCAAGAAGUGCGAACGGUAGAUACCUUAAAUACCGCGAACACCGAUAAGAAGGACGAGGAGAAUGAUCCGGAAAUGGAAGAGUACAGAAAGAAAAUGGAAGAACAGAAGCGUCUUAGGGAAAAGAUUUUACGCGAAAAGGAAAAUAGGCGAAAAAUGGCUGCAAUGGAGAAACAAAGUGAAGAAGCUAAAAACGAUACUGGUUCAUCAAACGUAGGUACACGAGAUACGAAACCGGCGUCGGUACUUAUGGGAGUUGUAAAAGAGGCUACAAUUAGCAAAGCUCAUAUUGGUAUUGGCAGAGGACGCGGUCGUCCUACCAAUACGCAAGCUACCGAGGCUGCAGAAAAAUCAUCCUGUGUACGAAUUGUAAGAACAAUACAGACUGUACAGCCCAACGAUUUGGUAGAUUUUUCCAAGGACAAUAACUCCGGGCAUACGAUUGUGCAAAGCAACGAUAAUACCAAAGUUUUGAGUACGCAAUCUGGCAUGCGACGUGUUGUUAUACAGAAAUCGUUAUCGAAUACUCACAAAGUUGCCACUACUAUCCAAAAAACGGUGUCGAAUCUACAGAAAUCAGGUCAAAUGAUAUUACAGAACAAAAUAAAUAACACGACACAAGUUACAGAUCAUAAAGCUGGCCAAACCCAGUCAGAUCCGUCGAAGAAGCUAAUAACGGUUGGACAGAGGAUUGUUAGCAAUCCGCAACGAAUCUUCAAACAAAAGCCGAUUGUAAGUUUACAGAAGACUAUCAUCAAUGUACAAGAAGUAACGACAAAUACCAGUGGACAAAAGGUUGUUAUGAAUACGCAGAACAAUCAAAGAGUUAUACUUCAAAAAACACCAACUCAACAAAAAAAGCAACAGGAAACAAAAACUAAUACCGUGAAGGUAGAAAAUUUAGCAGCAAGUACAUCCGAAGCACAAAUUAGACGUAUGUGUCAAGGGAUUGGAACUAUUGAGAGCAUACAAAUGGGUGAACGUAGCGCAACAAUUGUGUUUAAGACACAGUCUGCUGCCAUGGUGUUUCACAAGAAAUACCAGCGAAAAAUGAUAGACCUAUCGCUGAUCACUGUCCGCCUUGUACCGCAGUCAAGCGGAACUAAAACCAUGGCUGCCGUUAUUAAAAUUUCUUAAAGAAAAUAUUUGCCAAGCCAAUACUGUAAUUCAAAUACCAAAAAAUGCAUAGUAUAAUUACAUUUGUGAUUAAAAGUAACAAUUCACGAUUUAAUUGAA